GAUGAGGAAAGAUGGCGGCGUCCAUUCUGUGCAGGAGGGCAGCAGUGUUGUGUAGGACUUUAAAAGGAAUUUCCUCUUCAAAAACUGCCAACUCUCCGUGUGGGCUGUUGUUGCAGACAGCGUCCUAUAACCCCAAACCUCUAAGGCUAAAUCUCCAAAAACCGUAUAUUCCAAACAAAGAGAGUAGGAAGACGCCGGAGUGGCAGAAGACGGCCCGGUAUGAUGGGAAGCUGUUCGGUCGUUACGGCUCAGCGUCGGGCGUCGACCCCACGUCGCUGUGGCCCAGCCACAAGCAACUGGACAAGAUCGUUGCAGAAGAGAACGAGUGGCACCCUCCCUUAGAGGUGAUGCUGAAGAACAUAGAGGCCAAGGAGAAGGAAGAAACCGAAAAACGACUGGCAAAAGAGAAACUCAUAGCAGAAAACAUGGCCAAAAUGCCCAAGAUGAUCGCUGACUGGCAAAGAGAAAAGCGUGAAACCAAACAGAAGCUAAAGGAGGAGAAGGCUCGCCGUUCAGUGUUGCUGGCUCAGGCCAGAGAGCGUUUUGGCUUCGCAGUGGACCCCCGCAGCCCCAAGUUCUUGGAAAUGGUUGCUGAGAUAGAAAAGGAAGAGAAGAAGAAGAAGAAACUAAUGAAACGCAGACUGAAAGAAGAGCAGGCAGCAGCCCCCGUCACACCGCCUGCUGCGUCUUUGGACUGAGUCAUUUUAGACAUAAAUAAGUGUUGGGCCUUAGUCUGACUGUGUUUAAUGAGAUGGAAAGUGUACUGCAUAAGUUCAGUGGGACAGUUGUUUAAGAGUAUCUGAAGAACAGUUUGUGUCAUUACAGAUGGCAUCAGACAUCUGUAAUGACUUGGAUCAAAGAGAGCCCCUUCCAUUUUUUUUUUUUUUUUUUACCACUGUAAAAAAAAAAAAAAAAAAUCUGUUUAUCCACAGUUGUUUGUUUGUUAUGCAUACUUGGAAAUGUUUCAUGUUUAGCUGUCACUGAAAUAAAUUAAUCUCUGUACAGACUGCAUUUUGUCUAAAAUAUUUUUAAAGGAAGAAGAUAAAUAUUGAAAGACGCCUAACUACAUAAUGAUGCUAAUUUUUGGUAUGAUUUAAGACAAAACACAGACAU